UUGGUGUCUGUAGACAAGGUGGGAAUCCAAACCAUGUACGUUGUUCCACUUGCAGAUAGUGAUUAUGAACCAGUGGCGACGACGGUGGGGCGGACCGUCAAGAUUAACGAUAUAGCAGGAGUAGGUAGGCGAAGAGCAACAGAGGAGGAAUGUGCAGCAAGGAGAACUUUUAAGUACGGAGUGAUGUAUGCCCCAACUCUCGGCUAUGACCUGCAUCUCUACACCAACGAUGAAGAAAUUGUCCUUCUGCUCAAGUGGUGGUGCCGCAUCUUUAUGGGAGCGAUCUGUUCAUUGGAGCCGUCCGAGUGCAUUUCGAAAUUGCAAUACAUUGAGGAGAAACUCAAGUACCAUCUUCUCAAAUUUGCCGACGUCCUGCCUCCCUCAACAGUGGAGUAUAUGCAAAGUUGGGGCACUACUCCUAUGAAGGACCACUGGAAUUUAUUUGCAAUUGAGCUGCAGCUCUACCAGAAAAAUCCUAAAGAAGUUGUCCCUGUUCCAAUGGCGACAAUUAAUAAAAUUAUGGACGCUCUCAAACUCAACCCGGAUGCCAAACCCAUUAUUGAGGAGUUGUUUACUCUAAUAGACUCGGCUUCAGCCCUUGCUGCGAGGGCUAAAUUGAUGCCACAGCCAGAAAUCAAUCCUUUUUGGUUUUCUGAAGAAAAGAUGGAUCAGAUUGGGCACCUUGAGACAAAUAUCCCGAUUGCUGUUGAAUUGGUUGAUGAAGGGAUGACAGUCCUUAAUGCAGCAAGGACCCGAAAUGUAUCUCGAACAACACUUGGAGAUAAUCUCAAGAAGCAGGGCAUCAAGUCUCAGUUUGGCAAAGGAAGACAAUUUAAAACGGGCACCAACGAUCAAGUGAUUACGGCGUUGGAAAUGGUGAAAAAGGGGACAACUACAACUUACGAUGCAGCCCGACUACACGGAGUGAAACGAAGUACAGUUCAGAUGAGAAUGAGUAGAUCAGGUAUCAAAUCAACUGUUCGACAAGGAGCCCCACAACGCCACAAUUACACUGCAGAAGACUUGGAAAAGGCCAUACAAAUGUGCGAAAGUGGAGUAAUGACUCAAGCGGACGCAGCCGAAAAAUACAAAGUACCACCGGGUACACUUAAGACUGCGUAUUACAGGCGAAAGAAGAAAAGCGAGGUGCAGCCAGUUUAGAAUAGGAGGAGGAAAAUCAACCCUACCGUUAGUGAUGUAACAUCUGCGUUAUAAUUACUUAUUUGGACGUUUUUUAAUAGAUAAAAACAGAUCAGUCAUUUGUGUCCAAUAAAACUUUGUAAAUGUCGAUACACUACAUUUAUAUGUGUCAACGGACAGAUCCGAUGAUACGGAUCUCGCAGAGAUAGUCCUUCUUCAUCUUCAUGUCCACUCAUCCUCUCUCCCUCACGAGAAACAACAACUACACAGCUCGCAAUUUUUUCCGAGAAUGCAAUAAGAGAGGCGGCGGAGGAGGAGGACGAGAGCCGGCCUUUGCUGCUGUUUUGUGAGUGAGUGAGACAGAGAUCGCAAUAAGAUGAGAUGUCGUGUCGA